UUUUCCAGGCUGCAGAGGGGGUGAUGCGAAGGCUAGGGGCGUUUUCCUCCGCUUGAAGUGGUUGGGAAAAGCAUCCCCACGUCGUUCCUGCGUCCUCCAUCGCAGCCGGAGCCGCCGCGGCGCUGCGGGAGCCGAGUGAGGCACGGGGGGAACGCGGGGCGCUCCCGGCCGGGUGUUGGCGGGGAGGAACAAAGCGAGCCGGGCUCAUGGAAGGAAUCACAACGCCCCUUUUGGCCUUGGCCCGGAGCCGCCCGCCCCGCCCUGCCCUUCCCGCACGCUCCCGCACCGAGAUAAGGCCGGGCCAGGGCCGGGGCUGCGCCCGGCGUGUGGCAACAGGCUCGGAGUGAAACUCAGCGCAAGGCGCAGCUCAGAUCCCUAUCGGGGCACCGCGGGCAGCCCGCAGCGACCGAAAACGUGCAAAGAGGCUAAAACUCUUCCUUCACAGCCCGAGAGAUGCGGGACGUCCCCGGUGGGAUGGAGGGAUGGGAAAGGCAGCGGUGGAGCAGCACGAGGGGAUGGGGAUGGGGUUUUCCCUCUCUCCUCCCACCACGGGGUAUUUGGGGGUGUCCGGGUGGUCCCACCGUGCCCAAAGGCGAGCGCUGACCGUGCCCCGCUUUUUGGGACGGUCCCUCCCGCGGCGCCUGGGAGAGGUGCGGAGCCUCUGCCUCGGUUUCUCCACCUGUGGGAAUAAAUACCUGCCCGUCAAGCCCUCGCAAUUACUGCCGAGUUAAUCACCGCAUUAAAAACGACAGUGAUAUGACUUUUUCGGGGGGGAGGAACCCAUUUUACAAGCGGCCACACCCCGUGGCCCAUUUCUCCAGGUGGAGGGGGGGAAGAGCCGAGUGUCCCCGUCCCCCCCAGGACAGCAGCUCCUGUCGCCCUCCCAAGCGCUCUCAGCAUUGGGAUGGGCGUCUCCCGGUGCCGGGGUGGGCGUUGGCUCUGGGGAGAGCCCCGGGGCACCCAGGGGUGCCGCACCCACGGAGGGCAGGGCGUGGCCGCCCCCCUCGCCCCCUCCCCAGCGCCCGCCGCCCGCGGGCGAUGAUUCACCGCGAUUUGCCUUUUAAGGCCGCUCUCGGCGGGGAGGAAGCAGAGGAGGAGGAGGAGGACACUCCUUGGACCUGGCUGGCUCCUCCUGCUCUCGCUCGAGGCUCCGACGCGCAGCCAAAAGCAAAUCCCGGCGGUCGCGCUCGGCAGAGGCUCCCACGGCUCCUGGCCCCGCUGCUCGCCCAAGCGCCCGCGUCCCAGCCAUGGCAAGGAACCACCAGGUGCAGAAGGCCAAGCUGGCCGAGCAGGCUGAGCGCUACGAGGACAUGGCAGACUUCAUGAAGGCGGUGGUGGAGCACGGGGACGAGCUGUCCAACGAGGAGAGGAACCUGCUGUCGGUCGCCUACAAGAACGUGGUGGGCUGCCAGCGCUCGGCGUGGAGAGUCAUCUCCAGCAUCGAGCACAAAACCGAGGAGGGCGACGACAAAGCGCAGGUGGUGAACGAGUACCGGGAGAAGGUGGAGCAGGAGCUGAACGCCGUCUGCAACAACGUGCUGGGCUUGCUGGACAAGUAUCUCAUCAAGAAGGACAGCGACACCGAGAGCAAGGUCUUCUACUUGAAGAUGAAGGGCGACUACUUCCGAUACCUGGCCGAGGUGGCCAGCGGGGACGAUCGCCUGUCGACGAUAGAGAAGGCGCAGGAGGCGUACCAAGAGGCCAUGGACAUCAGCAAAAAGGAGAUGCAGCCCACGAACCCCAUCCGCCUGGGGCUGGCCCUCAACUUCUCCGUGUUCCACUACGAGAUCGCCAACGCCCCCGAGCAAGCCAUCUCGCUGGCCAAGACCACCUUCGACGAGGCCAUGGGCGACCUGCACACGCUCAGCGAAGACUCCUACAAGGACAGCACCCUCAUCAUGCAGCUGCUCAGGGACAACCUGACGCUAUGGACAGCCGAGUGUGCCGGCGAAGACGGCGGCGAGGCUGGCGAAGAGCCCAAGAACUGAACCUGAGCAUCGCUGCCGAGCCGGGGACCGGCCCCACCGCCCCGCUCCAGACCCUCCGGCAUCUCUAAGUGUUUUUUUGUUUUGUUUUGUUUUUUUUU